AAUCUUCUCCCUUCUCAGCGUUUAUACAUAUAGUUCAAUAAGAUCUGAUCCUGGGUCAUGCUUCACUGGAAGUAAGUAAUAAUCUUCCCAAAAAUAUGGAAAAGAGCCCUAGACAAAAAGUAGUGCUCACUCCGGGCAAUAAUACAGAGAAUACUAGUAGUAGGAACAAGAAGAUCGUGCGAAGAGAUAUGGAACGACAAAGGCGCCAAGAAAUGGCUAAUCUGAAUGCUUCUCUUCGAUCAUUGCUUCCACUUGAAUAUGUCAAGGGAAAACGCUCAAUAUCUGAUCACAUGCAUGAAGCAGUGAAUUACAUCAACCACCUGCGAAUGAAGAUUCAAGAUCUGGGUGCCAAGAGAGAUGAGUUGAGAAAUCAGUCUAACAUGAGUGCUUGUGAUUCAGAGAGUGGAAGCUCCUCUAAACGGUCACGACACUGUGUUAUAGUCUCCCCAUGUAUGGACGGUGUGGAGAUUUUGAUAAGUGGGGGCUUCAAAGAGGAAGGAUUGCUGCUAUCAAAAGUGAUGGAAGUACUGCUUGAAGAAGGACUAGGUGUUCACAGAUGUGUUUCCACCAAAGUAAAUGAAGGAUUGCUUCACACUAUGAAUUGCAAGCAGGUCAGUGAUCCAACAGGUUUUGACCUGUGUGGGCUGCGGCAGAAAUUGUGGAAUGCUGUAACUCCAUCUUCCAGAUGAAUUUGCAAGUAAUAGUGCAUCUCCUAGGGCUAAUAUGAAAUUGAUCUUGAUCUUUGUGAUAUUGACCAAAAAGAUUAAAAAAGAAAAAAGAAAAAAAAGGAUAUAUAUAUAUAUAUAUAUAUAUAUAUAUAUAUAUAUAGAGAGAGAGAGAGAGAGAGAGAGAGAGAGAGAGGUUUUUCUAUUUAGGCUGCAAUUCAGAUGAGUUGUGUGUCAAGUUAAAGAUGUACCCUAGUCCAAUCCAGCCUCAUUUGCAUAGUUUUAAACUCAAUGUUUGGUAUCAAGUUCACCAUAUUGUUAAGGUUAAAUAAUUAAUUGAUUAACAUCUUAACAUAUUUAUUAACACCACCAUUGGAGUGUUCAUUAAUCCAGCAUAGUUUAAAAUUAUGGUUGACAAAAGGAAUAAGUCAUAGAUGAUAGCUAGUUAGGAAUAAGGUACAAGAGAACAAUAUAAACAUUAGCAGUAUAAGUACACAUCUUCUUUUUGUAUGUAAUGUUAUGGUCUUAUAACGUAAGUUGGUAUGAAGUGGUGAAGGUGUAAACAUUUAUAUUAAAUCUUCUGAGUUAUAUCAACAAUUUACUGGUGUAAGCAGAAGACUUCUGAUAAUAUAUAAGAAAUUUAAAUUUGAUCUAUCUCUAUAUAUGAUCAACCUGAAUACCAUCCAACUACAUUGGAGUUUCUCAUUCAAGCUUUGUUUUUUAUUAUUGGUUGGGCUUGGGUUGGAGUACUUGAAGUUACCCGUCCAAACUGUAUGACUACUACUCCUUUUUAUCUUUCUAUGCGUCUGUAAUCUUUUGUGUAUGAGGAUCAUUUCCUUAAAUUUUGUGAUUUCUAUGUUGUUCAUCCUCCUUCUGUAGUCGAAGUGAGUUUCUUUAUAGAACAAAAGCUUGCUCAUGUUGGAAACUCAGAUAUAUAUUACAACGUGCUUUGGAGAUCUACUUGAGGGUAAAGUUAAUAUAUUCAAUGUACUUGCAUUUCAUCUUCUCAUAUAUAAUGAACUAGGAUGACUCUGAUUGAAGUUCAUCA